AUGAGCUCACAUCCAGUGCGACAGGGCAUGGCGCGAGAUGUACAUGCGCGAUCUGCAACCCAUGACACCAGCCGCGCCAGCUUCCAUGUGAAGCAUAUCGGCCAGUUUGCCAAGAGGCUCGAAGAUUCGGCGGCGCGGGCGUUUCCAAAUCGAGGCCGGGCAUCUCAGCGCUACAAAAACGUCCAGGCACUGCUUGUGCACUGGGGUUCCGACGACCUGUUUGUCCUUCCUGAGCUCGAGGAUCUGGAGAAGUGCAUGCGCGAUGAUUAUGCGUUUGGCACCGACAUCUUUUCAAUCCCGUCGGAAAACUCUCAUCUGGAGCUCAUGAUGAGAAUUGGCCAACUGAUCAAGGACCACGAAUCACCCGAUACUCUUUUCAUUCUUUACUACGGUGGCCAUGCCCGGAUUGAUGAAUCAAGGCAAAGCACGUGGUGUGCUACACGAGAUCCCGACUCGCCUUGGCUACAAUGGUCCGCAAUUCAGACACUCUUAGAACGAUCAAAAUCCGACGUUCUCAUCCUCUUAGACUGCUGCGCCGGAGCUGCCAGCGCAACCUUCCCCACCGGCAACAGCAUCACUGAGACCAUCUCAGCGUCCAGUUGGGACGCCAUCGCUCCCGAUCCUGGAAGGUACUCAUUCACAAAUGCCCUCAUCGAGGUUUUGCAAGAAUGGCGACAUCGAGUCUUUUCCGCCGCUAUGCUCCACGCCGAGGUGCUCGCCCGCCUGAAGCACCCAAGGCCCAUCACCAUCAACGGCAAGCACUUCGAGGCCCGGUCCACACCUGUUCACUUUAUGAUGACGGCCAACCAUAAAGCGCCAAGCAUUGAGUUGUCUAGGACAAUGCCGGAGGAGAAGAGAUCUCUCUCACUUCCCACUAUUCCCUCCCACCAUGAUCUCGAGCCUAUGGGAGGUCCUGUCGGCGGCCUGACACCACCACCCUUGGUGACGGCCGGUGGACGGGCGGCAAGUCCUGCAGAUGCCCUAGCCGGAAACGUGGUUCCGAAUGAGCCUACUGAGGACACCCCUCAUGUGAUGAUAUCAUUGGCAUUAGAGGAUGAUCAAAGACUGGAUAUCAAUGCUUGGGAACAGUGGCUAAACGCCUUUCCCGCCAUGGCCCGGUACGUCAAGAUCCAGGGUGUUUUCAAAAGCCACUCUACAAUGGUCUUGGUCUCAAUGCCUGUCAUGAUUUGGGAUAUGCUACCGGAGGAUCCGGCUACUUCCUUCGUAGCCUUUAUUCGCUCCAACAACAUAGCAGCUCAGAAACCACAGCAGAACCCAAUUACUACUGCCGUCCCGGCAUCACGGUUCCAAUCAGAGACGGUAGGGCCGGAUACAGCCUCUUUCAUAUCUGGCGUCUCUGGCACCACUUUUGCACCGACUUUCAGAAGCUCGUUCAGCUUCAACAAUGCCGCUCGAGAUGCGAGAUCGGCUCGUAAUGCAGCUCCGUCCAGUCAGCCUGGGACACCGCAGCCAGGACCAGCUCUCUCGUCAUCUCCGUCAAGCAGACAACUACCGUUUUCCAGGUCCAUGAGCUCUGCAACCUCUCUUCCCGCUACAUAUGCAGGCUCGUCCUCUCUCAGCACCAGCCCUGUGAUAUCCAGGCAAAUGAUACUCAACCAACAACAAACCCAAAGGCGCACUACGUUUGGCGGUACUGAUGUUCCUGAGCCCCAAAGCUUCUCUGCUCAUGUCGAAAAGCGCCUGGAGGAGUAUUAUCAGAAACAACCGCUACCAAAUGAUGGCGAGAGUGCCUUCCUCGCUUCCAAUCUCGGAAUAGAGCCUUUCCACCUUGGACUGUGGUUCCACCACCGCCGCGAACGAGACUUGGUCACAAACAGGCUGGCCACGAUGAAGGUUGGCGGCAUGCCAUUUAAUGAGGAAGGGGGCCCGCUGUUGAUCUUGCCAGCAGAUCUCAGCCGGCUGCUCGAAAUAUCACAACCUGGACAAACUCUCUUAUUUGAUAUCCGAUCACCCUCAGAUUACCAAAGAUCGCACAUCCGCGAUGCCAUAAACCUUCGAGUACCUCAAAACUUCAUCAAAGACGCUUCGCCCGAAAUGAUUGGCCGUACUAUUUCGGAAGAACAUGGUCAUGAGAUCUUUUCCAAAUGGAAAGAAGCAAGAUGCAUAGUGUUUUACUCACGCGGAUUAGAGAGUGCGUGGGAGUGUCCCUCUGCAACAUCCAUGCUGCACAAGCUCUCUGAGUUUGGAUGGAGAGGAAGAAGUUUUGUUCUCAAAGGCCACUACCGCGAGUUUAGUGCAUCCUUUGGGCAAUUCAUUGUGGACAGCAAGAAGAAUCUUGAGACUGGCAGCUCCGAGCAGCAAAGCGGGGAGUCGUCUAACGAAACCGCUGUCGAUCCGACACAAAACUAUGAGCAAUAUACACAAUGGCUUGCUCAUGUAGAAGCAGAGGAUCGAUCGCGUACGAAUGCGUCCUCCCCGACACGGACCACUGAGAGGACAGAGUUCGUCGAGAGCCAGGAGCAUGAGUUGGAGGCAGAACUAAUGGCUCGGUGUGGCGACUUGUAUCGAAAGAUCCAAGAUGUUCAAGCAGGCAGGGAUCCAUCAUGGUACGAUAACUCUGACGUAACAGCGCCAAUGGUCGAAUAUCUUGACCGUGGUCUUAACAAAUUGCGCGCACAUCAACCGUCGCCACAGCAAAUGCCGACCAGUUCCAAGCUGGCUGCGGAGGGUUAUUUUGAUCCACCACCUCCUCCAGAGCUGGAAGAUGGUGAUGACUAUGUUGAGAUUACCAAGGGUAGCGGCUCUACCGGCGUCGCACGAUCUGGAACUCAGCUCUCAGCGGAAAGGGGGAGUCCUGGAGAUGAGCCUCUGCGCAGAGGACGUGGAGGUGGUUUAUUAAACAAGGUGUUUCGGCGGGCAUAA